UCCCCUCACUUCUUACUUCUAGCAAUGACAAUGAUGUUUAUUAAGGCAAUGUGCAUGGUGGCGUUGCUAGUGGUUUUGCUAACGGUCACUGUGCAGGAGGUAGAGGCGGUGACAUGUGGUCAAGUUGUGGGCGCUGUAGCACCAUGCCUUGGUUACCUAAGGAACGGUGGGAAUCCGCCAGCGAGGUGUUGUAAUGGGAUUAAAGGACUUUGGAACCAGGCUAGAACCACUGCGGACCGUAAGGCCAUUUGUAACUGUCUCAAGAGUGCUUCGUCGUCUUACUGCGGUGUUAGCGGCAAUUACACGGCUAGUCUCCCUGGAAAAUGUGGUGUGAACUUGCCAUACAAGAUCAGCCCCUCCACAGACUGCAACAGGAUCCAGUGAGGAGGAGAUGUUGAAAAAGAAAAUAAAAGUUUAAGCAGGGAUGCAUAUUAUGCCACGUCAAUAAAGUCAUAGUUCUCUACUUAUGAUUGUAAUCUUUGAAAUGUUGACCCUUAUGAUCUGAAAGUGCCAAGUAUUUGAGGAAUAA